AUGGCCUCUGAAGGAAUUUCCAAGGCAGAAGAGAUCGUAGAGGACACUAUGGUCAUAGAAGAAACUGAAGGAGAGAAACCGGAAGUUAAACACAGUGAGCCCAAGCUUGCUAGAGUAGAAUAUGAUUAUGAAGCACGAGAAUCGGAUGAAUUAUCACUUGAUAAGGGCGCUGUUGUAACCGUUUUAGAACAAGGUGAUGAGGGAUGGUGGAAAGGUGACUUGAACGGCAAGAUUGGCACUUUUCCUUCGAAUCAUGUCAAAUUAAUUGAAGUGCAGAGUAAACCAGUUGAAGAUGGUGAUGAUGCUGAACAUCAAGAUGGUAAAAAGAAAAAGACAUUAAAUAAAUAUGGAGUCAAGCCAGGUGGUCUUGGUAGUUUGUUUUCAGGGGGUAUUACAAUUGGACUAAAAAAGCGUAAUCAACAAAGCUCAGAAAAUUCCUCAGGAUCCGAAGAAAAACAUGCAAUCGCCUCAGCUCCAGUUUUAAGGAAAGCUUCCACACCAUCUCAUCCUCUAUUACCUCAUUUACCACCUAAAAGAAAGCCAUCAAAACCGAAUAAAGCUGAACUUGAUAGCAUUUAUUAUAUAGUCGAACCAAAAGCUGAAGUUCUGUAUGGUUACGAUGCCGAUGGAGAUGACGAGAUUUCACUAAUAGAAGGUGCACACGUGAUAAUUUUGGAAAAACUUGACGAAGAUGGAUGGUGGAAGGGAAGAAAUGAACAAGGACAUAUCGGAAUAUUUCCUUCUACAUACGUAAAUGAAAUUAAGUCAGCAGAAGUUCAACAUAAGAGCCAACCAAUUUCAGAACAAUUUAUUGAAUCAAAUGUUGAAGAAACGAAACGUCAUGAAUCUUCCGAAACCCAAGCUACAGCCCCUCAAGAGGAAACUUCUACACAUGAACCUACUCUUGUUUCUUCUGAUUCACCUUUAUCUUUAAUUCAUCCAAAUGUUCAUGAAACAUGCGAGAUUUAUGGAGAAGAUUCUCCAACAUUACCUGUCUCUCCACCUCUAAUGAGGCGUACAACCAAUGAAACGUCUUCACCCCCUAAAUCUAAUAGGCGCUCUACGUAUGAUACGUCUCAGGCUGAUGCACCUCGAAGACGAUCUGUUAAUGUUCCAACUUCACCAACUUCACCAACUUCACCACGAAGAAAUUCAAGUUACGAUGGAAAUGAAAAUACGACAAGUAAACGGCCUCCAUCUGUAGUUUCACCAGAUUUGCCACCCAUUCAAUCUAUAUCUACAAACAGUAAUUCAGUUACGAAUAUAGAUAUUCCUCAUGAAGAACAUCCAACAAUUCCUCCUCGACAGUCAGAUUCACCAAAGUCACCACCACCUUUAACCAAACAACCAUCUAUUCCCAAGUCUUUUUCACCAGCUAAACCCCCUGUCAUUCCUCCAAUUAAGAGGUCGUCAUCUUCUGCCUCUAAAUCAGAUAUAACCAAGAAGGAAACUUCUCCGACAGAACCCAUUUCACCUAAAAUUGACCGAAGAGUUUCUUAUGAUUCUUCUACAGCUUUAUCCGAAGAACCAGAAUAUAAUAUUGAUGAAGACGAACAAAUCGAUGAAGAUGUUGAAAAACCGGAAAAAAUAAUUGUAGAAGAAAAAAUUGAUAAUAAAAAUUUAGAAAUUUCAGAGGAAGAAGUUGUUAAUGAUGAUAAAGAUAGCAUUACAGAAGCUGUUGAAACAAAAGAGGAUGGUAUUGCUGGUAUUCAUGAAAUAGAACCUGAAGAGAAAAAACCUCCACCACAGCUUCCACUUCCACCUUUGCCGUCUGGACCUAAGUUAUCCCAUUUAGGAAAAGACAGACCUACUAUCAAAAAUAGGAAAGCUCCUAGUGUCAAUAGUGCUAAGGAAAAUGCUAAUCAGAGUCAAACUGCGAUCUUAUUGGAGGCCGUUGCAUCGGCCAAAGGUGAGGAAGAACAAAAACCUCAGCCAGUUGUUUCGCCUUCAACGCCACCUAAACCAGAAAAACCAGCUAAGCCAAGCGGAUUCAAAUUACCAACCUUGGGGGGUAAUAUACAACUUCGUCCUGUUGCUAAGAAACAACCAAUUGAAACUCCUGCAGAAUCCAUGGAAACAACGACAAUUUCAACUGCAUCGAACAUUGAUACAAAGCCGAUUAGUGGAGGUGUUAAAGGAAUUUCAUCACGAUUUAAUCAAUUUGGUGGAAUUCCUAGUUCAUCCGAUGUUGAAUUCCGAUUAAAGAAAUGGUUUAAUGAAGAAAUCAAUAAGGUUAAAUCUCAUUUCGAAGUUCAAUUAGCUGAGGAGAGAAAUAAAAGGGAAGUUUUAGAAGAACAACUUAAAGAACUUAUUGCAAGCUUGCAAGAAUAA